AUGCACGGUGUAUCCUCCUCCGACACGGCCCACAUCGUGGCUAUCGAGCGAGCAUGCUCGGCGCUGUCGCUGCUGGGAUGCGUGUUCGUGCUGGUGACGUUUUCGGCCAUGGAAGCGUUCCGGCAGCGGGCCAUUAACCGGAUGGUGUUCUAUGCAACCUUCGGUAACAUGUUGACCAACGUGGCGACGCUCAUGACGACGAGCUACACGCAUAUGCCGGACUCGGUUGGCUGUCAGAUGCAGGGGUUUCUCAUCCAAGUGUUCAUGCAAAGCGAUGCGUACUGGGCCUUGGCGAUGGCUAUCAACGUGUACCUCACCUUUUACCAUAAGUAUGACGCGAGGAUGUUGAGGAAGAUGGAGCUUUUUUACCUGUUGACCUGCUACGGAAUCCCGUUUAUCCCGGGCUUUGUAUUCAUCUUUGUGUCGAACCCGAGCAUGGGACGGCCGUAUGGUGAUGCAGUGCUGUGGUGUUGGCUGAAGUCGUCGUGGGAAGUCUACCGUGUUGCUACGUUUUACGGGCCCGUCUGGGUGGCCAUCAUUGCCUGUAUGAUCAUCUACAUCCGCGCCGGGGCAGAGAUAUACCGCCAGCGACGCAAGAUGCUCAACUUCAGCACCACCGGCAACGGCACUGUGGUUGGAAACGAUACCUUCUUCCCGGCCCACGAGUUCUCGUCGGUGAUGAACUACAAAACCACCGAGGUGACCCAAACCACAGAAAUCGUCCACUCUCCAACCACCCGCCGCAACCCCGACCUUUCCGACGACGACGACGACGAGGUGCCCCACCCGUACUCCGUCACCAUCUCCGCCGAGCACGACCAACAAGCACAACACACCUCCCCAACCGACGACGAAUAUGACACAUCCGACAACGCGACCCUGCCCCGAGGUACCCCCCGCAUACACCGCAACAACUCCGUCAUCGACUACCCCAACAACAACAUCUCCCCCGGCCGCCUAUCUAUCGCACCCACCGUCACAGCCACCAUCACCGCCUCGCUCGGCACCCCCACCCUCACCGCCCCCGACAACAUCACAACCACCACCACCGGCACAACCCUCACCCCAACGCUCACCAAAACCAGCCGCGGCGGCAAAAGUAGCAAAGGCGCCAGCUCCAAAACCAACAACAACCCGCACCACCAAACCCGCAACCAACACUACGAAUCCCACAACGCCACCUGGUCCUACACCAAAUGCGCGCUCCUCUUCUUUUCCGUGCUGCUGAUCACCUGGAUCCCGUCGUCGGGCAACCGCGUGUACAGCAUCAUCCACGAAGGCGAGGUGUCACCGCCGCUGUUCUAUGCGUCCGCCGCGGUGCUGCCGCUGCAGGGGUUCUGGAAUGCGAUUAUUUAUGUGGUUACUUCGUGGGCGGCGUGUCGGGAGUUGGGGAGGGAGGUGAAGGGGUGGGUGAGGGAGAGGAGGGAGGAGUUGAGGCAGAGGCGGGCGGAGGGGGGGAAGAAGAAGGCGGGGGAUGAUGGGCUUGGGAAUGGGGGAGUUGGAGAUGGGAUUGGACCUGCGCCUGGGGGGAAGAGGGGAAGUGUAGUGGGGAUGUGGUUGGGCAGGGGGGAGGUCAAGACGAAGAGUGAGAGUACGAGUAUGGAGGAUUUGACGGGGGAGGGGAGGGCGGUGGAGAGUCGGGGUACGAUAUCGCUUGUUUGA